CCCAUCCUUUGGUAUUCCAUCCAUCCACAUAAAUGAACCGUUCGUCCAAUAUCAUCAACUGUCAAUUCUCCACAGGUAUGAGACCUGAGUACAUAUUUAUUGACAGCUAAAACUACAAACAACAACAACAUCCAUAAACGUAUUACCUCCAAUUCAUCAUGUUACCACUUUCACUACUUCGCACAGCUCAAAAUCAUCCCAUGCUUGUCGAAUUAAAAAAUGGAGAGACAUAUAAUGGACAUUUAGUAAGCUGUGACAAUUGGAUGAAUAUUAAUCUCAGAGAAGUCAUUUGCACAUCUAGGGAUGGUGAUAAAUUUUGGAGGAUGCCAGAAUGUUAUAUUAGAGGUAACACGAUAAAGUAUUUACGUAUCCCAGAUGAAGUAAUUGACAUGGUAAAGGAAGACGUUCAAAUGAAAGCACGAGGAAGAGGUGAAAUGAAAGGACGAGGGGGACAAAAUCAACGAGGAGGUCGUGGAGCAAGUAGAGGAACCUUUGGAAACCGUGGUAAUAGAGGUUCUGCUCCCUUAGGAAGAGGUGGUGGUGGUAAUCAAGGAAAUAAACCACUUAAUAAAUCUAGACUUAAGUGAAAUUUAUUACAAUAAUAAUUACAACUUUAAUGCAUUAAAUAAAUAAAAAAUUACAUUGCUA